AUGGGAAAUCAAAAUACAACUCCACAAAAAGAGGAAAUAGCUAAUGGAAGAAGUGUUAAAAUAAAAAAAACAGAAAAAAAUAGCAAUAAUUGGGCAAAGAAAACAACAAAAAAAAGUUAUGAAGAUUUAAUUAAUGAGUAUAAAUUAAUAAAAGGAUAUAACUCGCCUGACAUGGGAUUGAAUACUCAUAAAGGGCAGUCAACUGGAAAUAGAUAUAGAGAUAUACCAUUACUAGAAAGUACAAGAGUUAUUUUAAAAAAUAGAAAAGAGGAAGAAAAUUAUAUUCAUGCAAAUUGGAUAGAAAUUGAUGAGAAUCAAAAAUUUAUUUGUACACAAGGACCAAUGUCAUCAACAGUUGAUGAUUUUUGGGAGAUGAUAUUUGAAGAAAAAGCAUUUUCAAUAUUAAUGUUAUGUGGUAUAUGUGAGGAAGGUUAUGUUAAAUGUAGUGAAUAUUGGCCGCAAGAAGUUAAUACUUCUAAAGUAAUUGGUCCAUUUAAAAUUGAAAAUUUAAGUGUUUCACUUAGUGCUAAACCAAAAAUGACAACAACACUUCUUAGGGUAACUAAAAAUGGAGAAAGUCACACAUUGAAACAUUAUCAAUAUUUGGAAUGGCCAGAUGUUGGUACACCAAGAAAUGAUCUCAUAUUUCCAUUUAAACUUCUUGACAUGGCUACAGAUAUUCAGUUAAAUCAUAAUAAUAAUCAUCAUCAAAAAUUAUUAUCAUCAAAUGAUCUUACAAAAUUACCAGGUCCAGUUGUGAUACAUUGUUCAGCUGGAAUUGGAAGAACAGGAACACUAAUUGGUUUAUACUUAGCUAGGCAUCAUCUUCAAACAAAAAAUACUGAAUUAAAGAUGAUUGAUUUAGUUAAAAAUUUAAGAAAUCAACGUGCUUUUUGUAUACAAAAUGCACAACAAUAUAUUUAUAUGCAUGCUUCUUUAUUAAAAUACCUUUUGGAUCAAGGGUGGAUUGAAGAAAAUACGAGUUACACAAAAUGGUUAGAAGUAAUUGAAAAAGAAAUGGAAGUAGAACAAACAAGAAAAGAAUGUUAUUGA